AUCAGUCACCGGCAACCCCCCUGACUGAUACGUAAAUGGAGACGGAGAUUCCCCUUCUGGGGUCCUGGAGUCAUAGGAGGCAGUGAUGCUCCAGGAACACAAGGUGAAGGUUCUACACUUCACUGCAACAUCCGUAGGGAACAAGAUGCACACACGACUCGCAACCGUGGGCGCUCUGACGUUGCUGUGGGCGUUGGGGGCGGCGGCGUCCAGGCUCCCUCGACAGGCUGUGGACACGUCGAACAUCUCCAACGAUGACAUAAUCUGCCUCAUUAGCGGGACCUGCAACAACAGCCCACAGACUCCGUCGCCGGUUACCUCGAGUUGUACCUGUGUCAAGUGGUGGCAGUGCAAUGAUAAUGAGGUCACAGAUGGUACAGUGACCAUGGUUGACCUGCGAGUGAACGGCGCGUGUCCUGAAGACGUGAACAACAUCUGUUGCGAGAACUUUGACCUCAACAAACUCCCGCCAACGUCAGAGGCGCCGGUGACCCAGUGCGGCCAGAGGAACGAGGUCGGCGUUGGAGCCAAUUUUCAGGGAUUCAAUGACAGCCAGGCGCAGUUCGGAGAGUUCCCCUGGAUGGCGGCGGUUCUGACUCGAGGUGUGAGUGGCACUGGAGGGAUCCCCGUGUAUGUGUGCGGGGCUUCCCUCAUCCACCCGCGGGUCGUCCUCACAGCUGCUCAUAACGUGCAGGACAAACAGACGAACAACAUCGUUGUCCGACUCGGCGAGUGGGACUUCAAGAACCCCUCUGAGCCGAUAGUCCACCAGGAAAUCGGUGUGAGUCAGAUCCUCAUGCACACCAACUACGACUCGCGGAACAUCAACUACGACGUAGCCCUGCUCAUCCUGGAACGCGCGGCGGAACUGGGCCCCACCGUGCAGACCGUCUGCCUCCCGUCCCCGCGCCAGACCUUCGACGGCAUGCUCUGCGUCAGCUCGGGCUGGGGGAAGAACUCUUUCGGGGGGAAAUACCAGCAGAUUCUGAAAUCCAUCGACCUCCCAGUGGUGAAUCACGGCCGGUGCGAGAGUGCCCUCCGAAGCAGCCCUCGCCUCGGCCUCCGGUUCUCCCUGCACCGGUCCUUCAUGUGUGCCGGAGGAAAUCCCGGCGAGGACGCCUGCACGGGCGACGGAGGAUCUCCACUCGUGUGUCCUGUGCCGGGGAAUCCUUCGACUUAUGUCCAGGUGGGUGUGGUGUCCUGGGGUCUCGGGUGCGGCCAGGCAGGCAUCCCUGGCGUGUAUGCGUCCGUCAGUGAGGCCCUUCCCUGGAUAUCUAGAGUGGUCCAAGAAGUGGGCGGCAUCAACAGAAGGAGAGGAAGAUGAGACUUUAUGAAUUCCCUCAUCUCAAGCUUGUUUUUUUCUUUUUUUUAGUUCACAAUGUUUGCUCUCUCUCUCUCUCUCUCUCUCUCUCUCUCUCUCUCUCUCUCUCUCUCUCUCUCUCUCUCUCUCUCUCUCUCUCUCUCUCUCUCUCUCUCUCUCUCUUUGGGUCACUAUAUAUUCAAUUGUUAUAUACUUGUGCUUUGUAUCAACAUUUGUACAUAUAAGAACAUUGCCAUUUGCAUAUAAGAACACUUUCAAUUGCAUAUAAAUCGCUAGUACCCAUAUUAUACUUGCUUAAAUGAUGUAUGAAAGUGUGGAAAGUAAUUCAAAAACAAAAAAUGCAACCACCAUAAACAAACUUAGGACGCAAUAUGAGUAUAAUCAAGCCAGUUUUAUGCAAAUGUGUUCUGUAGACAUUAAACAAUAUAUUCUAAACCUGUCUCUAAAA